UCGAUCACAUGUGUAUAUUCAAGUGUUAAUCGGUUGUUCGUGAUUUUAAUUCUGAUGAUGAUCACAAUAUGGCCAAUUGUUUUCUGAUUGCAAAAUCAUUGUCAUUCAAUAUACACCGAUCAUUGUUGGUUAGAAUCGCAUCUGGUCGUCGCUCAUUCACCUUGGAUUCUCAGAAACUUUCUUAUGAAGGUCCAGGAAAAACGACUGCAUCGUUUUUGGAUGACGAAGUGGGCCAAUAUUUGAUGAUCAAUUCGAUAACCGAUAAUGGUUUCAAGCUCACCAACGGAGCUUUUGCCGUCGGUCCGAUCAUAUUGUUUCCAAGUUUCGUAUUUAGAUGGAAAAUAAAAACCAUUGAAGAUAUAACUCCAGAAUCCUUGUCAUGGCUUCGGAUGAUUGAACCUAAAAUUGAGCUAAUAGUUCUUGGUAUUGGUCAGACAAAUUAUUGGCCUUCCGAAUCGAUAAAGAUAGUGCAGGAAAAUUUACGAAUAUUACGUAAGGAUUUGAAGAUAGAAAUGAUGUCAACGAAAGAUGCAGUUGCCACCUAUAAUUUUAUGUUGGCCGAUUUCAGAUUAAUUGGCGGUGCAUUUCUACCGUUGCCUUCGGAUCUCGAACAGAAAUUGAUUGAUGCUUAAUGAUAUUUUGAUUGUAACAUGAUUUUCUUCAUAUUUUAAUAUAAUAUUAUAGCUGAACAAUAUCGAUUAUUAUA